UCUCUUGGACAUUGCAGAAUGCUUACUUUUUUGAGGUUGUCUUAUUGUCACAAACUUGAGAAGCUUCCAAAAUUUGUCUGCAUGGAAUCUCUUGAGACUCUCUAUCUCCUUGAAUGCACAAGCUUACAAGAAUUUCCAGAAAUCUGUGGAGAUAUGCCGCGCUUAUCAAUACUCUAUGUUGGAUCCCCGUGGAUAAGAAACUUACCCCCGUCUUUCAACAGCCUUAAACAUUUGGAAUUGACUAAUUGUGAAUUUCUUGAAAGUAUUCCGGACGCUAUUCAAAAUCUUAGAACUCUCCGUAUUUCAGGUUGCAAUAAACUUGCAACACUGCCAAACAGCCUCUUUGAAUCACAGCAAUUGGAAUAUCUUGAUAUAGACCAAUGUUCUGGAUUAAUAAAGCUCCCCAUAUCUUUUGGAGUUCAAAAGAAGAUCCGUUCGUUAGAUAUAUGUAGAUGUGAGAAAUUAAAGAAGCUUCCAAGCUCUAUUCAGAUGGAAUCCCUUCAACGACUCAUGAUAUCUGAUUCUCCAAAAUUAGAUACAUUUCCAGAAAUCAAUGGAGAUAUGCAUUACUUGACACAACUGACUCUGAAUUCUACUGGGAUAAGACAAGUGCUUUCAUUCAUUGGGAAUCUGAGCAGCCUCACUGAGCUAAAUCUUACAGGUUGUGAAGAUCUUGUAAGUCUACCAGACAGCCUUUGUAAUUUGAUGAAUCUUCGUCGUCUUUUACUCAAAGGUUGCAAAAAGCUAGAGAAGCUUCCAGAAAACAUUGGUGAUUUGCAAGAGUUAUAUAUACUUGAUGCAAGCAAAACUGCAAUAACUCAACUACCUCCCUCCAUCACCAAGCUUUGGGAACUGAACAUUUUAGGCAUGGGUGGACUUCCUGAGGAAUUAGGAUGUUUGCACUAUUUGAGAGAGUUGGAUGUAAGUGGAAGCAAUAUUUAUUGUUUACCAAAAAACAUCAAAGGACUCUUCCACCUUGAGUAUCUGAACAUACAAUUCUGUGAGAAUCUUAAUGAACUGCCAGGAGAGCUACCCCCAAAUUUAGAAGAGCUAUUUGCAGAUUAUCAUUUAGCCUUGAAGAGCAUCAGAGAUCUCGUAAUUAAUUGUCUUAAGCUGUAUAGGCUCGUAAUAUCCAACUGUGGAGCCGUCUCAAGUGAACAAGUUAAUGUGUUCCUACACCAUUUUCUCACGACAUGCAUCCAGUGUGACUUCCAUCAAAGGGAUUAUUUUGUCAUUUCUUUUCCCAAUCAAGUUAGAAUUCCAGAGUUGUUUGAUUAUGAUUGUCUGUUUAUAAAUCAAAAAGAGAUCUCAAUUGAUCUGAACCCAUCUUGGUAUACCGAUAAAUUCAAGGGUUUUUGGAUAACUUACGGUCCUACUAGACUGGAUACAAUAUUAGAAGCUACGUUGGUCUGCAAAUCUGACCAUGUAAGAAUAUCUUACGGCAUCGUUGGAUAUUCGAGAUUCAAGGAUCAUUUCAUUUGUUGCGUCUACAUACCAUUUGAAACAUUGUGGAAUGCUUCUGGCAAUAAACAAGGGAAUAACCCAAAUGAUUAUUACAUGUUGGAGGUUUCUCAACUGUACUGGUCGGUGGAAGUGUGCUGGGGAAUUCGCCUCGAGUAUGAAAAGGAAGCCAUGAGUGAUGAUGCAAAGGUCUGUUUAUGA